AUGUGGUCAGAUCUCUGGGUUUCCAUGCGUCUGGUGGCAGUCAGAAGCCUUUGUUUGUUCCUCCCUCCUAUCGGCACCAUUAGCGUGGCGUCCCCGCCGUCGCCGACUCACUCAGCCUUUAUCAUUGUGUGUGUUACUAUGAAGGAGGCGGCCCAUCGUUGCGUGUGGCAGCUGGGUGGAUUCUGCCCGCGAGGACAGCCUGCAAUACUGUUAGACAAUUUCUCAAACAUCACUCACAGAUCUUGCUUUGCUCUUUUCUCAGCCCUUUUGUCUUCGUGGUGUGAGGAGCUGGGACGCCUCCUCCUCCUUCGUCACCAGAAGAACAGGCAGAACGAACCUCCGGGAAAAGUGCCCAUGCAGCCCCCCAUGAGCUCCAUGAAACCCAGCCUCUCACAUGGAGAUGGCUCUUUUCCAUAUGACUCGGUCCCAUGGCAACAAAACACUAAUCAGCCUCCUGGAUCGGUGUCUGUGGUGACCACUGUAUGGGGCGUAACCAACACUUCACAGAGCCAGGUGUUGGGGAAUUCCAUGGCCAAUAGUAAUCCCAUGAACCCCGGAGGUAACCCUAUGGCCUCGGGUAUAUCUGGUAACAAUCCAGGUAUGAAUUCUCCUCCAUUUGCUGGCCAGCAGCAGCAGUUCCCCAACAAAGGCAACUCAAACCAGGGCUACAUGCAGCAGGGCAUGUACGGACGACCCAACUACCCUGGGGCAGGAGGCUUUGGUGGCAAUUACCCCGGAGGUCCGAAUACUGGACCCGGUGGGAUGGGCAUCCCUCCACACUCUCGUCCUCCCUCGGACUUCACGCAGCCCGCUGCCGCUGCUGCAGCUGCUGCAGUCGCCGCUGCUGCUGCCACGGCAACGGCCACCGCCACAGCAACUGUAGCCGCCCUACAGGAAACCCAGAACAAGGACAUGAACCAAUAUGGGCCGAUGAGUUCCUCUUUCCAGAUGGGACCAAACCAGGCAUAUAACAGUCAGUUCAUGAACCAGCCAGGGCCUCGCGGCCCUCCUUCCCUCCCUGGAAACAUGGGGGCAGGCAUGAAUGCAUCCAACAUGAGUGGACCCCCAAUGGGAAUGAACCAACCCAGGGCCCAAGGCAUGGGGCCUUUUGGAGCCCACGGACAAAGGAUGCCUCAGCAAGGCUAUGCAGGACCCCGGCCUCAGGGCAUGGGUAUGCAGAGCAUGAAAAGGCCGUAUCCAGGGGAGCCAAACUAUGGCGGGCAGCAGUAUGGACCAAAUAGCCAGUUCCCUAACCAGCAGGGGCAGUACCCCACACCCAAUGCUUCUAGACCGCUGCCAUCUCCCAACUAUCCCAGCCAGAGGAUGCCAGCACAGCAGCUGCAGGGCCAGUACCCACCACCCGGUGGUCCCAUGGGCCAGUACUAUAAGCAAGAGCCACCAUUCAAUGGUCAAACAAAUAACUUCUCUGGGAGUGGAUAUCAGUACAGCCAGGGGAACAUGAAUGGGCCUCCAAGACCGGUGGGUAACUACCCUCACUCCCCAGUGCCAGGUAAUCCCACCCCUCCAAUGACCCCAGGAAGUAACAUCCCUCCAUACCUGUCACCAAACCAGGAUGUGAAGCCACCCUUCCCACCUGACAUCAAACCAAAUAUCACAGCGCUCCCUCCCCAUCCAGCCAACCAUAAUGAAGAGCUACGCCUGACGUUCCCAGUGCGGGAUGGUGUUGUCCUAGAGCCCUUCCGGCUCGAGCACAACUUGGCUGUCAGCAACCAUGUCUUCCAUUUACGGCCCUCAGUUCACCAGACGCUAAUGUGGAGAUCGGACCUAGAGCUGCAGUUUAAGUGCUACCAUCAUGAGGAUCGUCAGAUGAACACCAACUGGCCGGCAUCGGUCCAGGUCAGCGUCAAUGCCACACCGCUGACCAUUGAGCGGGGCGACAACAAAACCUCCCACAAACCCCUGCACUUGAAGCAUGUAUGCCAGCCAGGAAGGAACACGAUCCAGAUCACUGUGACUGCUUGCUGCUGUUCGCACCUGUUUGUUCUGCAGCUGGUCCACAGGCCCUCAGUCCGUUCCGUCCUGCAGGGUCUUCUAAAGAAGAGGCUCCUGCCUGCAGAGCACUGCAUCACCAAAGUCAAAAGGAACUUCAGCAGUGUGGCAGCGUCUUCAGGCAAUGCCACGCUAAACGGAGAGGAUGGCGUAGAGCAAACGGCCAUCAAGGUUUCCCUUAAAUGUCCAAUCACUUUCCGGCGAAUACAGCUUCCAGCAAGAGGCCAUGACUGCAAACACGUUCAAUGUUUUGAUUUGGAAUCGUAUUUACAACUCAACUGUGAGAGGGGAACAUGGCGAUGUCCUGUUUGCAAUAAAACGGCCUUGUUAGAAGGACUUGAAGUGGACCAGUACAUGUGGGGAAUACUAAACGCCAUUCAGAACUCAGAGUUUGAGGAGGUCACGAUUGACCCGACAUGUAGCUGGCGGCCGGUGGCUAUAAAAUCGGACAUCCACAUCAAGGAGGAUCCAGAUGGACCUCUGGCCAAAAGGUUUAAGACAAUGAGUCCCAGCCAGAUGAUCAUGCCAAAUGUGAUGGAGAUGAUUGCUCAACUCGGCCCUGGACCAUCACCGUACCCAUCGGUUCCCUCUGGCCAAGGUGGCAACAACAGUGAAUAUGGAAGCCAAGGUAACAGUUACCAAGGGCAUGGGACCUUCGACUUUCCUCACGGUGCCCCAGGUGGUACAUCGAUGAAUGAUUUCAUGCACGGUCCCCAGCUGUCUCACCCACCCGACAUGCCCAGCAGCCUGAUGGCACCGGAUAAGCCACUGUCCCACAGCAUGCCUGAUUCAAUACCUCAUUCUGCUGCCACUGACCAGUCGCAUGGUCCCAUGCAGCCGAGCUUACACGCAUCUCCACAUCCCGCGAGCCAGCAGGGGCAGCAUCUACAUCACAGCGGGCCUCCACAACCCUCGCGGCAAGCUCCGCCCCCUCAACAACAACCACCGCCGCAGCAGCAGCAGCAGCCCGGCCCCAACAGCCAUCUCCACAGCGACCUGACCUUUAACCCCUCCAGUGGUUUGGACAGCCAAGCCGGGUCAGACAUGCCUGAGCCAUCGUUAGACCUCCUUCCUGAGCUCGCCAACCCCGAUGAACUCUUGUCUUACCUGGAUCCCCCAGACCUCCCCAGCAAUAGCAACGAUGACCUUCUAUCGCUUUUUGAAAACAACUGA